GCCAUUCAUCAUUUACUGUUCAUUGUAGUAUUAUUUUCAGUUUGUUUAUUUUGUCCACCCUCCAAGAUAAGAAGUGCAAGAGACAUAGUUUCUGUAAUAGCCACUGCUGUAAAAACACUGAAGACUACUUGUUUGCCAAAACCCAAACAAAACCAAAAAUCCUGCAAAAAAACAUACCAAAAAGUCACCCAGUUGAAUAGGAAACCCUCUCACCAUGGUGUUCCAGAUCAAGAUUCGCAGAACUGGAUCCCAGCUAGCUAUGCAUUUCAUUGCUUUCACUGCUGUUUAGAAACGGACUGAAAAACUUCUAAAGGAUUUCUUAUUCCAUGAAAGGAAACAUUCAGGGAAGAAAGGAAAAAAGCAGAGCUAUCUUCUUGCUGUUACACAGACUGUAACCAUGGACCUGCGUAAACAACUGGAGAAUACUGAGAGGAACUGGAAUAAAGAGAAGAUGGAAUUACUGGAGAGAUUUGACAAUGAAAGGAAAGAAUGGGAAUGUCAAUGGAAGGUCAUGCAGAAGAAAAUAGAAGAGCUUUACCAGGAGGUGAAACUUAGAAGGGAGAGCAAUAUGAGUGUCCAUGAUAAUAAGGCCAUUCAGAGCAAGAUGCUGCAGCUGUCCAUGCAUUCCCCUGCUUCGGAAGAGAGUGACACAGUGGAGCUGAACUAUCAACACAAUGUGGCAAAUGAAAAAGGGAGUUUGCUCAGUAAAACAGGACACAAAUGUAAAGAAACCAGAGCCAAGAGCAGAAACAAUACUCUGUUAAUGGACAAUCUGGCCUUUGAGAACUGUGAGGAACCUGAAGACAGCCUCAGCAUCAAAACUUCCAAGAAAAAUGCCAAGAAUUAUAUUGGUGAUCUCAAUGUAGCUCUUAAAGAACUUGCCAGAGUCAGUGAAGAAUUAUGCAGCUAUCAAGAGGAAAUUCGAAAGAAGUCCAACCACCGAAGAAUGAAGUCACUUCCUUUCUUGGGGGAAUUUGAGGAAACUCAAAAACCAGUUAUUCUGCCUGAGAUGAACAAUGUGUCCAGCAAUGAAUCACAGGCUUCAGUUGCUUUUGAAACAGAGGAACAUAAUAACAGGAAGAAUCUGAUGAGCUCCACCAAGGCUUUGAAGGACAUGGCUUAUGGUGGUCUUACUGGUGACAGAGAAGCAGACUUCAGACCUUGGCAAAAGAAAGAAGCUCCACCAGUUCCUCCACGUAGCACUUCUCGGCACCUAACAAACUCACUUUCUGCAGUUGUACAGCUUUCUGAAGCACCAAUAAGAGAUCUAGGCAUCAAAAGCAAUUACAAGGCUCAGGACUGUAGGAGUGGAAGGAAACUGAUGAAUCCUUUACCUAUAAACCAGAAUGAAACUACAGCAGCCUGUGCAAAUGAAGGGCAGGCUGUGAAAGGUCCUGUGAUGGUAACUGCUGCAAUACCUGUAUCCAAAAAUGAGUGCAAUGUACCAAGUUUCUGCCACAACACGUGGGCAUAUGAUGUGGGCAAACUUGGAAAAGACAAUAAAAGUGAACCUUCCCCACUGUCAGCCCAAAAGAGUUGUUCAGAUGGAAAUAUGGCCCAAAGCAACAUGAUGCACCAGAAACAAAAUCCCAAGUCUCACAGCAGCCCUUAUUACAGUAAUGACUUUUAUGCCCCUGCUACCCUGCACAGCGAUCUUUUGGAAGACUCUAGAUAUGCUUUGGGAAAGACCCAAAGAAAUGAAACUUUAGCAGCAAAGAUUGAUGAAUUUAACCGGACUGUAUUUCACACAGAUAAACGUAACAAUGCUUUGCAAGAAAACCAGGUGCCUCGAACAGCAUCAGAAGAUCACGAACCCUGCGGCCCACUGUGUGACUCUGCUAUGAGCAGGACAGAAACUGUAAAUACAUCUUGUGUUUCAAAUCCCAAAUUCUCUGCAGCAAAAGAGCAAGAAAAUAGCAACCCCAGCAAAGCUGUCAAAAUGGCAGGUCAACAAAAGCCAAUAAAUGGACUUCCAAAUACUAGUGGUUAUAGGCACAUGCUUCACGAGCAUGACUGGAGACCAAGUAAUUUAUCCGGUCGCCCGCGUUCAGCUGACUCAAGGUCGAACUAUGGUGUUGUUGAAAAGCUUUUGAAAAACUAUGAAAAAUCAACAGUGACUUCUCCAUGUAAUGCAAAAUGCUGCAAAGAUAAGCGGACACGGGCAAACUCUGAAUUCACCAAUGGGGGUUGUGAGACAUUUAGUCAGUAUUUAGAAAUGCUCCAGAUUGAGCAAGGAAAGCAAGAAUUUCCGAGGAAUUCAGCCAGGCAUAUUGGGCAGCAACUCAAGCAAGGAAAAGAGAGACAGAAGUUACCAGAGAUAUCUGUGCCAGCUAAAUGUUCAAGUGGGAAGGGUUUCUCCCGGCCUGCUCGGCCAGCAAAUCGACGCUUACCUUCCAGAUGGGCAUCCAGAUCACCGUCAGCACCGCCAGCUGUGAGAAGAACGGCAUACAACUGCUCUGUCUCUUUUCGGUCAGAGACCUCGGUAGUCUGAACCUAGAGCUGGGUUGAAUGGUGUUGUGAAAGCUCUACGCCUCAUUAUAGCCGUGUUCGGUAUGUGUUAUAGCAACCAGUUCUACACUGUUGUAUCUUGUCCAAAAGCGACCCCCACCACAUGCCGGACAAAGCGUUUUGAAUCUUAGGUCAUCAUCACCAUGGUCUUCAGUGUUUUUAUUGAGAUGAAAUAACUAGACCCCUGGUUUUCUCUGUUUUUUUGGUAAUAGCUCACAAGGAAUUUCUUUUGGAUGGCAUCUUCCUUAAUUUGCCAAUCAAUUUUGUUUUGAAACAAUGUAUAGUGCUGUAUAUUCUGACUCUUCUGCAAACAGCAGAACGUAAAGCUGUAUGCAUGAUCAUGUGUUCGUAGUGCAUGUGUUGGACUAGGAAGUAUACAGGUCUGUAUUUAGAAGAGACAAACUGUGCUAGUGUUGACAUUGAAAUUACAACCUAUAUGCCUACAUAUAUAUAUACACUUUGUGUUUAUUUUAAAAAGUUUGAAAUAUACAGUCCUGAUGACAUUUAUAUUUUGUAUAUCUUUUACAUAGGUUCACAGGUGUAGUAUUUAAUGUACAAAAACUAAAUAUGCAUUUUUGUGACUGAUUGCAGCGAUAAUGCCUUGCACAAUAUGUAUCUGAAGCAGACUAGCUCGACUGAUUCAUCAGUCAUGCUUCACAGCAUCCUCGUUCGGUUUCCUAACCCAUAUGAUGCUAGGUCAAAAUACCCAAACAUAUUUUUUCUGAAUUAAAAUAUUAUAUGAUUUGUAAUACACUAGCCUUUUUCAGCACCAGAGACAUUCCUGAAAUGUUCCGGUCCCUUUAAAAAGCUUAAAUGUGCCAUUAUAUAUAUAGCAUACUGUAAACACUUUGGUAGUUUCAACUAGUGUAACAUACAAUUUAUGAAGGGAAGAAAAGGGUUGUAUAUGCUCAAUUCUGUAAAACUUAUUUUUCCUUCUAGCAUUAUACUUUGAGGUUUGGCAAAGUCAGAUAACAAUGGACUUGUUUACUUUCACUCGAGGCAGGAGAACAAGGACCGUUGUUCCCAGUGCUGCAGCCACACUCCUUUUUUACUCUUCUCCUAGACUAGAGUGCCUGAGCCACUUGCUAAUUUACUGCUCCCAGACUGACUCGUGGCAGUCAGUUACGAAGUUUACUUGCACUCUGGCAACAAGCUGCAUCUAGUACGGAAACAUUGCAUUGAGGUAUGAUCACAAUGGUGCCCGAAAUCCUAGACACAUGGCGUUGGAAGUAUGUUUUUGCCAUCACUUGACUCGGUAUUAUGGGCUAUCUGAACGACAUGCACAGAGCCUGGCUUGUUCCUUCCCACAGCGUGAAAGAAAUAUGGAUGCUACCCAGACUCUUGCUGAACUUUCAGAAAGACAGUGUCCUUCAUCCUGGAAUUUUUGCACCCUUCUCUGGGCUGUUGCUGGAUGCAUAGUGUGGUAAUGAUGAUACAUGUUACCUUUAAACAGCAUGUCUAGGUUAAAAGGAGUAAAAAGGCACUUCUUCAACAUCAGCCUGAUCUUGUCUUGCAACUUUUCUUCUUCUGGAGAAACAUAGUGUGUUCAAAGGAAUUUCAAAUAUCGUCCCAGGAUCUAUUAAUGUGCACAUCUUCUUAUGUGAAUGUAAAAAGGAUUUCAGAGAGAGUGUAGGCUUUUGUCCUAGUGAAUUGUAUAUGUGGCAAUAUAGGGAAUAUUAAUUGUGCUUAAUUUGGUAGUGAUCUCUUGUCCUACUCCGGUCACGUUGAGAAUACACGCCUUUUUCCUUCCUUUUAGGCCUUAUUCUUCUUUCCUCUGCACAACUUCGGUUUUGCAGAGAGAGAAGACAGGAGGCCAUGUGUUCUGAGCAAUACAGCCUGUAUGGUAGUACCAGUAACUGUUCAGGCAUGCCGGUGUUGGAGCGAGCAGGCAUUAGAGCCAUAAAUACCACUUUAUCAUGCCACUGUGGCUGCCUGCACGGCAAAACCAUGCUCAGAGUAAUUUGCCCAGUUUACACUUCAGGUCCUUUCUAGAUGUGAGUGGUAGGAAAAUCCCACAAUAUAUGAAGGCUUCAAACAGAUCAACAAUUCAUCAAAAUUUACUCAGACAUCAUUGCAAAGUUAUUACUGGAAAAGAUACAAGGACAGAAAAUCUUGAAGAAAAUUUAUACAGUUUGGACAGAGGCAAAAAUCUGUGUGCUUGAGUGAAAAUCAAGAGUAUUAUAAAUUUGCUUAUUUGCCCUAAUUUAGAGAUUGCACUCCAUUAACUUCCUUAGAACUAGAAAAAUUAGAGAUGAUUCACAGUGAAUUUGGAACAUGGCUUAAGAUUCUAGCUAACUGUGGAAAUUAGCAAACCAAAAUGCCUUGCAAAUUGACCUUUUAAAUGCCUAAGUAGCUGAGCAGCUUUAAAUGCCUAAGGCUGAGGAAAGAAUAAUAUGAGAGAAUUGUAAAAAAAAAAAGGUUCUUAAUUUCAGUCAGUGCUGACUGCAAUAAAACUUCUUUAAAUAACCUUCAUAGUAAAGUUCAGCAGUUUUGUUCUGAAAAAUGGUGGUGUGCUUUUGUUUGAAGUAUGUAACUAUGAAAGCCUUUCCCCUGAUUAGUCAGUGAAGGUGUUUCUUUAGUUCCCUUCAGUUUCUUUGAUCGCCUUUGACAUAUAUCACAUUGUUGAAUAACAGAGAAAGGAUCAAAUAUCUACCACAUUCCCUGAUGUAUGUAAGUUUAAUGAACAGAAGGUUUUUGAAAUAAACUAAUAGGUCAAGGACAAGUCCAUUUUGUCAAGAUUUUCUGUGUCCAAUUACACACGUUGGUUCUGAUGCCCAAAAGUAUCAAAACCAGUGAUUUUGGCCUGCAGGUGGCUAGCUGGACAUACCAAUUUUAGAAAAUUGCCACUGACACUGUUUAAAUAUUCUCUUCAACUGCACCCAUAACAGGGCCAGUGCACUGUGGUGAAUUUUUUAGUUCCCAAAACUGUGAUUACUGAACCACAGUAAUGGCUUUAUUACACUUAUUUGCUAUAGGGGGAAGUGCUCUGUUGGACCUUCAGGUUCCCCCAUGUUAUCUGUGACAUGGAAAUAUAGUUACCUUGGAAGCUCUGAAGCAAGACACACACACUCAUGCAAGAACUACAAAUGAUCUAAGUAUAACUCGACGUUUCUAUUAAUCCUAGUGUCACCUAUGGAAGUGGUGAGUUUUGUAAGCCUGUUUUUAAAAUAGGUUUUCAAUAUUAUUCCUCCAUAUGCUGUCUAAAGUCAUAAUGCCCAUAUAGGUUCUUACUUGUGCUCUGAACGAGUCUAAGACUCUUUUUAUUGCAUGUUUAUGGGCUUUAGUACUGAAAUAAAUGCAAAACUCCCUGCACACACAGAGUCAGCUGCCCAUUGAAAUGGGGAUGUCACUAAGAAUCAGCUGGCUGGUACUUAGUUGACAGAAAGCGUCAUUCUCCCUCACACUGGGAAAUUGAGCCAUAGUCUUUCCCUGAGACCCUGUUAGGGAGGAGUGUGGCAGGGUAGAAACUCAUGAAGAGUCAGUUAGACCUUAUUCACAUAUGCAGUGUAGCAGGCCACCUGAAGGCUAGAAAAGUGGCCUGACUCAGAGCCUCUGCUAGAGGCAGAAGUAGAGGAAAAAAAAAUCCCUUAAAAC